UCUCAAAUUCAUUUAGGCGCCUUUUUCCAAAAAAUAGAGUUAUAUACGCGCUAAUUUUUGGUUUCAUGAGAUUUGAUUUAUAUUCUUUAGGAGAAGAUCACCAUUACAGAUAGCAUAUAGGUAGUUAAUUCCUCGUAGAAUACCAUUUAAGAUAAGGCAAAAAGAAAAACCCUAACUCUAUUAAUCCCACGAUACGUCAGUUUAGAAUUCUAGAAACCAGGAAAAAUAGUAGUCUCUGCCGCGGACGAUAUUUGAGAAUAGAGAUACCCAUGGCACCAGUUUUAAAGAAAUCUCGACGUUCAAUUGGAUCAAUGAUCGAUACCGUGGUUCAAGAAACUGGUAACCAAAAUAUCACGAAUAAUGAUUCUGACUUCGAUGAAUCAUUUUCAGAGAAUAAUUCUGGAACCUCUGAUACUACUAAGUCCCCAUCUUACAAUAGCGCUACACAACAUAGUGAAGAUGAUGAAGAUGUGAAUGAUCGUGAAAUUGUGAGAAGAGGACACGCAAAGAUGGGAUUUGAGUGGGGGACUGGAAAAGUCAUGGUCUUGGAACUAGAUUCUGAGAACCAUGUAAUCGGGAGCAAUGCUAAGUUUUUUUCAUCUCAGUUGGGUAUUAUGGCAAAAGAUGGAAACAAAUUGCCCCUUUCAUAUACUGACUGGAGGGCAGUGCCCAAUACACAAAAGGAUCUCAUUUGGGAUGAAGUGAAGGAGAAUACAAAUUUGACAGAAAACUACAAAAAUAAUUGUUUGAAGAAAAUUGGAAAACUAUGGAAGGAUUGGAAAGGUCGGCUAAAAGCAAAACACUAUACACCACAUAGGCAUGACAAGAGUUACGUUCUAUCCAAAUGCCCACAAAGGGUAGAACCUGAUCAAUGGCCGAUAUUGGUGAACUAUUGGAGCUCUAACAAAGCAAAGAAACUAAGUAAGGCCAAUAGAAAUAGUCGAAAGCUUGUCAAAUUACCACCGAGAAUGGGAAGAAAGGAUAUGGCUGGUGCUAAAGAUGAGUAUCGUCGAGAACACGGAAAAGAGCCAUCAAAGUUAGAUUUGUUUAUAUAUUCAAGACAAAGGAAGAGCGAGAAGCCGGUGGAUAAAAAUACCGAGGAAAAGAUUGCUCGCUUGAAAGAAUUGAAGCAGAAGUUGCCCGAAGAAUUAGUGGAUGAUAUUGAAGCUAAUGAUGCAAUUUUUCAAGAAGUUAUUGGAAAGGAAGCACCAGGAUGUUUACGUAGUAGUAAUAUUGUUUCGAGUAAGAAUUUGGUUUACACCUCUCGAGAAGAAUUUGAUCGAGCUGUCCAAGAAAGAACUAAUGACGAAAUUGAGAGCAUUCGAAAGGGAUGUGAAGAGCAUAUUUCAAAAUUCAAAGAAGAAUAUUGCUCUAAAAUGGAAUUGCUUCAAGCUCGUCUUCUCACAUUAGAGGAUCAAAAUAUGAAUGUAUCUGGAUCUUUGAAUUCUCGACGUAUUCAAGCUGUAAAUAAUGGGAACUUGGAGAUUCUCAGUGUAGCCAAUGAAACUCUUGAGAUGGGAAAAGACGUGAAUAACCCAGAGGAGAACAACAUAGAUAGUCAUUUGGAUGGUGCACGUUCACAGGAACAAGUGAUAACUAAAAGAAGGAGCAGCAAGAGGAAGAGAAAUUGCCAAUGAUCGUCGUCGUCACGUUGCCACAACUAAAUUUUCAUUAUUUCAUUGCAAGAUAAAUUUAGACAUCUUGGAAAUUUGAUUUAGAUUUUUGAACAAUGUUCGUAGGAAGAAUUUUUUAUUUCCAUAUUUUACCUUUAGCAUUUACAAUUUUUUUUAUUUAAUCAAAUUUAUGAAUUCUUAUAAUACAUAUUGUGAAUUUCUUAUGGUA